AUGGCAGGCACCAAGAUCAAGGCUUUAAAUGUGUUAGAAGAUGUGGAAUUAAGAAAUGGAAUCAAAGAAUAUUCAAAUUGGCCAACUAUCCCUCAAGUUUAUGUAAAAGGUGAAUUUGUUGGUGAUUGUGAUAUUGUAUUAAAUAUGCAUCAGUCAGGUGAAUUAGAAGAAUUGCUAGUAGAAAUAUGCAAGAUGAUGUCUCAUUUUAAGC